CUAUUCCCUCUGAAAAAGGUUCGUGUCAAAAAUCCUUUACUAAAAGUUUAGAAAACUAUGAAAAAUAUAUGGAAGAGGGAACAACUAAAGCCACCGAAAGCCUUUUAGAGAAUUUAAACACUGUAUACAAAUUUAAAUGGUUAGAAAACGACCUUGCCCAUCUAGAGCAGUUCGACAGAUCUCAUACUUUUACCAUUGUAAAGGAAUAUCCCGAAGAUCCUCUUACUUCUUCGUUUAAACAUUCAGGGCCAGAAAUAACCUGCUACAGUCAAAAAUAUACUAGAGAAAACUUUAUAGGCGAUUAUACUGACUUUCCUUCGCCCAAGGAUCUGCUUAAACCUUUACGGAACUUCUGCUUUACACAGCAAACUCGUUUUUGGUUUUAUGAAAUAUGCUUUAACUCUCACGUAACCCAGUAUUAUCCAGCUAGUAAAGCAAAUAGAGAGAAAGUGAGCAAUAAUUUAGGGAUUUAUGCUGAAAAUAAUGAAAUUGUGCCGGAGAAUGUCGACCAGAUUCCCACGUUUGAGUACGGCAAAACCCACGAAGUGCCUUACUAUUCACAAUUUUAUGAAAAUGGUACCUUCUGCAACUUGACUGGAUUGCCUCGCAGCAUCGAACUAAAGUUUGUUUGCAAUGAUCUAAGUGCAGACACGCUCUUGUUCAUGCGGGAGCUCAGAGAGAUUUCCACCUGCCAUUAUGAGUUUGUGGUUGAAACUAGUCUCCUUUGCAAGAAUCGCCACUACACGUCAGUCGGAAGCAAAAUCCGAACUAUUAGUUGCUUGGCUAACCCUCCUGAAGCGCUUAGUAAGUUACUGGCCUAUGAUAAGGAACGUACGCCGAUGCACUACGACAAUUGGGGACGGCCAAGCAAUUUGGCUCACUUAUUUGACAAAGCCACUGACGAAGGCAUCGUGGAAGAGGAGAUGCACGAGCGCCAAGGAAAAGGCGGAGAUGCUGAUUCUUCUACUGAAAGCAUAGAUUCUGAUGACUCGGAUAAGGAGAAGUACUCAUUGUUUUCUAGUUUGUAUUAUGCCAAUUCUAAUAAAAAAAGAGAAAUUUCUAAAGAUUAUUCGUGUCUUCAGGCGAAAAACGAGGAAUGGGCAUUUUUAUUUUGCCUCAACAUGUUUGUGGCUCAGAUGUUUAGGGAAGUGACGCGAUUCUCGCCGAGCGUCAUACUCGGCGAGUGGCACCCGGACGCCCACCAAGCCUGGGUGGACAGCUUGCCGAACUCACAGCGGGCUCAACUUGCUGGGCCCAAUCACGCGACUCUGCUUUACUCUUCCGGCGACUUCUGCGACGCUUCGCGGGAGAAGCGCAGAGUUGUGGUGCGGCUGGAGUGUGUAAACCACCACGAUCGAUACAGCCAAUACGCACAGUAUAUGGAGAAGCCUACUUGCGUUUAUUAUCUAACCAUUAAAUCACCAAUGGCCUGUGACUAUCUUGAGCAAGUAAGAAAUGCCGCCAGUUAA